GUCUCCAAAACAAGCGCUCCCAACUGCCCGGCGAUGACGUCACGCCGUCUCGUCCCGUAGCCUCUGUGUUUAUUAUGUGGUUUUUAAGGAGCAGCUGCUAACUAGCAUCGAGCCUCGGCUUCAAACAUGCUCUGAUUUAUACAGCUGGCCGGUUUGGAGGACAGAGAUGGCAGUGUGUGCACUGACCAUGCUGGAUGGGAUGGAGGAUGAGGUCACGGCAGCAGGCGGUGUGUUUCUCCUGGUCCUGGCCCUCGUCUUCGCUUGGCUUUCAACCCACGUGGCCGACCGGGGAGACCACAUACUGGGCACCAUCCUCACUGUGGGUGCUCAUGCCUCUCUGAUCGGACUGGGAGGUCACGACAGCUACAGCGGAGGCUCUCCUAGCGCCGACACUCCGGAACAGCAAGCUCCUCCACCUUCUCAGGAGAACAAGCCGGAUGACGGCGAGCCUGGGACUGAGAGGGGAGAGGGGGAGGAGACUGGGGAGGGAGCUGAGGGGGUUCGGCCUGAUCUCCUGCUAGACAUACAGAGCAAACAACUACAGGCUGGAAGAGUGCAUACGUCAGAUGAUGAUGAUGAUGAGGAGGAGGAGGAGGAGGAGGAUGAUGAUGAUGAUGAUGAGGAGGAAGAGCUGGAGGAGGAAGAUAAAAAGAUUAUAAAGCAUAUCCCAGUAUUGUCCAGCACCAUCUGCCCCAUCACCACCACCACUUCUACUACCGCUUCCAUCUCUGUCCGUCUGAAGUAUUUAAAUGACACGGAGGAGGUAGCUGUUCUAGAACCAGAGGAUACAGUGGGAGUACUGAAAAGUAAAUACUUCUCAGGUCGGGAGCAUCAAAUAAAACUUAUCUACCAAGGCCAGUUGCUGCAGGAUCCCAAGAAGACUCUGUUAUCCCUAAACAUUACACACAACAGUGUGAUCCACUGCCACAUCUCCCAGGCCCUGCACGAGGCUACUCCAGAGGAAGGGGCUCAGUCUGGGCCCGGAGCAGGAGUUGGCUCUGGGGUCUCUGGAGGAUUCAGGGCUGCUGGUGUGGCCAUCAGCACCAGCAGCCUGGUGGUGCCUGUGUUUGUGGUGAUACUGGCCGUGGUGUGGUACUUCCGCAUCAACUACAGGCAGUUCUUCACCACCCCUGCGACCAUCUCCCUUGUGGGAGUCACUGUGUUCUUCAGCUUUCUGAUAUUUGGGAUGCACAGCCGCUAAAAAGGCAGAGAGGGGGAACACGCUUACAGCUGAAUGUUGUGUGGUAAAAUAAAAAUAACUACAGCAGUGGGCGGUGCCUGGAGAGAUGGACUAAUCAAAACGGGGCUUGGAACAGACGCCACAGCUGAUUGGAUGCCUGCAGAGUGUGUGUGUGUGUGUGUGUGUGGGUGGCUAGGUAAGGCUGUUUGUGCAUGUAACAAGAUAAAAGUGAUUGUACAGUAUAUGUGGAAUAAAUAAUCAUCUGUGAGUGAGUGAAGUUCAGCUGAAACCGGACCAUACUUUGGCUCCUCUCCAAACAUGACUUAGUGGUUCACACCAUGUUCAAACACUAGCUUUAUGCGCUCUUUUAUUGUUGCUAAUGCUUUCUUGUUUGUCUUUGUUUUUUAGGCCACCAUUUCUGUGUUAAAAACAAUUAUAAUUAACUGAUAGAUGCAAUAAUCUAAAACCUUUUGGAACCACUCAACGUGCUGUGUGCCAGUUCAACCGCCGUUAUUUUUGAAUGAAUCAAGCUCUGUGUAAGCAAAUAUGGACUUGUGCAGCUGCCCCAGUGCUAGGCUAAAAUGUUCAGAUAUUUUUGUUGCUCAAAUACUGUUGCUAUGUAGAAAUAGGCUAAUUUAAAUAAUCACUAGACAUGAAAAUAGACAUUUUUUGAGAAGAUAUUGUAAAUAUAUUGUGUAUUUUCUGUAAAUAAAAUGAUAGAAUGAAUCAGAUGAACCUGCAUCUGGCACUUAAAGAUUUGGAGGGUGACAUGGAACCCUCCUGAUUAUGCUGGACUGCUCUGGCUUCAGUGAUGUCUCAAAUUAAAGCAUUUCAAACCAA